AUGCUUGGCUGCCUCCGCGACGGCGGCGCGCUGGCGGGGAAGCUGUUCCUCUGCCACCUGCACGCCCUCACCACGCACUGCCUCCCCGACAAGCUCACGGGCCGGACGGGCACCGAGGAAGCUCUCCGCAUUCUGGGAUCGGCUGCCGUGCAGUCGGACGGCCACCUGCAGGAGGAAGACCUCGACCUCCUGCACAGGAUCGGUUGCAUCAGCCCCGUCCGGGAUAGGCGAGCCGUCAUCGAAUGGUCGAGCUCUGCACCUCCGGCGGCGCAGAGUGACGCCUUCUGCCAGCUGGUGGCAGCCACCCUCGGCCGGGCCAAGCUGUCGCAGCUCUGCCUCUCCUCCUCCUCCUUCUCCUCCUCCUCGGACCAGAAAGGAAAGGUGUUCAGGAAUCUGCCCCGGAGCUACGAGCCUCUCGUGAGGCGCGCAGUCGCGCGGGCGUCGGCAUACUGCGUUUCCCAGUAUGGCGCGACGCAGCACCUGGCAGCCACGCCCGACGACAAGUACACCGGACCUGGCGGCUGGGCGGAGAAGUACGGCGAGUUCGAGGCUUUCCGCCUGGCCAGGCACAUGAUCCACAGCAAAGACCAGGCAGUGCUCCUGCAUCCCGUUCGUCCGCUGGGCGAGGGUCGGAAGUUCUUCCACACGUGCCCCGGGGACGCGUCGGCGUCGGCACACGUCCCGACGAGGGUCGAGUUCAACAUGGGCUGGCUCGUCAAUCCCUCCACCGUUCCGGCGAGCACGUGGUUUCGUGUGCUGCAGGAACUCGGACUGAUGCGGCGCAGCGGAUCGGGAUCCGCAGACCGCCGAUACGGGGAGGUCCUGUUCUUGGCCGGGCUACUGUUUGCUCCGAGCGCCAGGCCGGAACUUGUCCAGCUGCUCCUCACCGUCGCUACGGCACCGACCACGACCUCCGAGCCAGGCGGGUCGGCCGGGAACCUGGCGGCUGGCAUCGACCGCCACCUGUUGGGGCUUGACGAUGGCCUGGACGUGCUAGAGCUUCUUGCGGCUCUGACCUCGGACGUCAGCAGUCUGCCCGUGAGCUCAGACCAGUCGGGGCAGUCCCCGGUGAAGCGGGCGCCGUUCUCGACGCAUUCUGCACCGAGGGGCUUCGUCAGCGUGGAGGAUCUGUUCAAGCAGCCGCCGCCGCCACCGCCGAUCCGGCCCAGCCCACCCGAGAUGUCCCGCGAGCGUGUCAAACACGAGACGUGCGACAAGCGGCCGAUGCACCCAGAGCUUCUGCGGCGUCUUCUCCAAGACCUAAGAGGCAUGUUCCGGCUCGAGCACGAGCACAAGUACGCCGAGGAGCUAAGUCGGGGCAUAGACGCCCUCCAAGACUCGGGGACCGAGACUUUGGCACGGCUGCCGGGUCUGCCGACGGAGGGCGGCGGCGGGAUUCGCGGGCUGUUGGAGCACAUGGACACGUGCCGGCGCGACGUCGCCGACAGGUUCGCGACGAUACAUGCCGCGGUCCAGGGUGCCACCCCGGAAGGGCUGCUGGCCGUCUCGCCCAUGCUGCUUCUCGAGCGCCUGUCGAGACGACACCGGGCCAAGCUGCCGGACGGGUGGUUGCGAUGCCUGGUCGACUACGCCGUCUCCAUAACGGCACUGCAGAGGGCCGAGAGGCUGGUUAGGGCGGCCGACAGCGGGAGGAAGCUGGCCAGGGAGCUCCUGAACGUCGGCCACGAGAACUGGGAUCCCAUCGCGUUCCCUGACUGGCUGCUGCUCGAGGUCGAGAUGGGCAUCCUCAUCCGCCCCGUCCAGAAGCGCGUCGCCUUGGCCAUGAUGCAGCCGCCCGGCAAGCGUAACUGCGUCAUGCAGCUCAACAUGGGCGAGGGUAAGUCGUCCGUCAUCGUACCCAUGGUGGCGUCCGCGCUCGCCGACGGGUCCCGCCUCGUUCGCGUCAUUGUGGCCAGGCCGCAGUCGAAGCAGAUGACGCACACCCUGGUGCGGGCCUUGGGCGGCCUGCUAGACUGUCGGAUCUGCCAGCUGUCAUUCUCGCGGGACUUUAGACACGAAGGAAGUAACGCCUGCCGCUUGGCCGGUAUGCGCGCUCAGUGUGUCGAGUACCUUGAAACCGGCGGGAUCAUGGUCGCCCAGCCUGAGCAUAUCCUGUCGCUCAAGCUGUCCGGCGUGGAGGCCGCGCUGCUCCCCUGCAACCGCUCCGAGGCCGCGAAGACCGCGAAAGCCCUGCUGGACUUGCAGCACCUGUUUGACACGCGCUCGAGGGACGUCGUGGACGAAAGCGACGAGAUUCUUAGCAUAACAUCCGAGCUUAGCUAUGCCAUGGGGUUGGAAGCGGCCAUCGACCUUGGCCCCCUGAGAUGGCGCCUGAUCCAGAGCGUCCUCAAGCUCGUUGCCGAGAUCGCCCCCGCCAUCCGGAGGGAGCACCCCGAUAAGCUGGAAGUCAGCCCCGAACUAGAAGGGCGCUUCCCCCGGAUCAGGAUCCUAAACGAAGCCGGCGCGGCCGUCCUUGCUGACCGCCUCGUCCAGCGCAUCUGCGACGAGGGCCUUGCGGGGUUUGCACAUAUCGUCGGCCAGAAGCAGCACGUUAGGGAGGCCGCCCUGCGGUAUAUCCACCAGCUCGAGCCGUCGGCUAGCGACGUCGCCCUGAAGCGGUGGAGGGUCAACUACGGCCGCGCCAGCAACCGGAGCCCCCCGACGAGGCUGGCGGUCCCCUUCCACGCUAAGGACUUACCCACGCCACGGUCCGAGUUCAGCCACCCCGACGUCGUCAUUAUCCUCACCUGUCUGAGCUACUAUUACGGUGGUUUAAGCGACGACGAGCUUUUUGGCUUGAUCGAGCGCCUUCUCCUCUCGGUCGGGGGUGAGAGGGUGUAUCUGUCGUGGGUGCAGUCGGCGCCUAACGGUAUCCCCUCGGCGUUCCGCCAGCUGGACACCAUCAACAUCAGAGACCGGCAGCAAUGCGCCGACGAGGUCUUCCCGCACCUGCGCUACCUCAGGUCGGUAAUUAACUACUACCUGACUAACACCCUGUUCGCCAGGGAGAUGCGCGAAUCCUCCCAGAAGUUGUCCGAGUCGAGCUGGUCCAUCGCCAAGGCCAAGCCCCAGCCGACGACGGGCUUCAGCGGGACCAACGACGUAAAGUGCCUUUUGCCCCUGAGUAUCGAGUCCCUGGAUCUGGGGGAGCAGAGACACACCAACGCUCUGGUUCUGAACCACCUGCUGCGCCCCGAGAACACGGUGCGGGACGUUUUCCCGGCCGCCGAGCCGCCAGGGCCGCUUGACCACGGCCCCUCUCCAGACCUGGAGCUCCUCCGCCGCAUCGCCGGUCGCUGCUCGCUGGCUAUGAUCCCCGCCGCCGACGCCAGCGCUGCCGUCUUCUCCGAUAACGACGAGGACAUGUGCGUUGUCACGCGGGACGGGACGGCGGAGCCGUUCCUGACGUCGUUAUACGCAGCCAACACGGCGUCCUGCCUCAUCUUCCUCGAUGAGGCCCACACACGCGGCACCGAUCUCCGCCUGCCGGACGACUACCGCGCGGCGGUGACUCUGGGACCGGCACUGACGAAGGACCGUCUCGUCCAAGGACCGUCUCCGUGCAUGCGGAUGCGUGAGCUGGGCCAGGGCCAGUCUGUCACCUUCUUCGUCUCGGCCGAGAUUCGUCGGAAGAUCACCACGCUGCGCGGCAUGCCCAAGGAUGGCGACAUUGGAGUGGGGGACGUGCUCGCCUGGUCCAUCAGCGAGACCUGGCACGAGUCCCAGCGGCUCAUGCCGCUGUGGGCGGUGCUGGGCCUUCGGCACCAGCACCAAAAGCUCCUCUGGGACCAGGCGGAUACGGGGGCCGGGUACAAUCUUAGCCGCGAGGCGGCGGUACAGUUCCUUGAGAUCGAGGCGCUCUCGCUGCGCGAUCGAUAUUCCCCCGACCACGGCGGGCAAACCCGACGGGACCUGGACCGCGCGAUCGCCGCCGCGGCUCCGGACGCCCAGAGGAGCGAGGUGGCCCGGAUCCGGGAGCGGUGCGAAGCCUUUGGGGCCAGCGGACCACAGCGCACAUCAGCCCUCGAGGAAGAGCAGGAGCGCGAGCUUCUGGUCGAGCGUGGGAAGGACCGCCCCGAGGCACCGGCGCAACCGAUGCCGGUGAAGCCCCUGACGCCGUCGCUUCACAAAGACGUCGAGGCGUUCAUCGUGGCCGGUACGGUCCGGCACAACUCGGCAGCCUUCAUGCCCGCCUUCGAUGCCCUGGCCAGGAGCAGCGUUGCCAGGUUCUCCAGGGACCUACGCCUUCCGCCCGGCCUCCUCCUCGUGACGGCCGAUUUCGCCCGCACCGUAGACCUGCCCGCCGCAACCGGCUGCGUGUCGGAUGCCUACCAGCGGCCAGUGCAGUGGAUUGCCACGACACCUACGAGGUCGAAAUGUGGUGUCACGGCGGUCGUGCUGAGCCCCUGGGAAGCCAACGCGCUGAUGCCGGCCAUCCGCGCCGGCGGUACCGCUGCCACGCUGCACUUGUUCGCCCCGCGCACCAGUCUGGCUACGCGCUCGGCCGAGGACUUGCUAUUGUACGCGACGCCAGCCCCGCCGCCCGCAUGGCGUGCGCCGCGGACGCUGGUGCUGACACUGCUCCUAUUUGCGGGUCAGCUCUAUCUCCGCACCUACCACGACUACGUGGACAUGUGUCGGUUUCUGGGGGUCCCAUAUCGCGCUGGCUCGGAGGAGGAGGAGGGGGAGGAGAAGGAUCAAACGAGGGACGGGGAGAGAUGCGUAUUCGGCCCCACCGCCGUUCCGUUCUUCCUCGGACUGAUCGGACGGAUCCGUCACCCUUGUGCCGACAUUUCGACCACCGAUAUUGGACACAUCCUCGCUGGGGACAUGCUGCCGCCCACUGCUUUUUCCGGGCCGGAUCUAGAUGGAACCAUCGGCGGUCUGAUCGCUGAUGGGCACAGAUGCCUCGGCUCUGACAACCCGGAAACGCACACCGAGUGCGUGACAGACAACGUCAGUAGCGCCUUCCAGCCGCUCGCCGCCUUCAAAGCCAACAACCGCUGGGCCAUCCUCAGCGAGGCGGGCGACGGCAAACACCGACUGAACUCGGACGUCUUCCUCGCCUACGCCGGCAAGGUCUGCGGGUUCCUUUAG